CACUCGCAGAGUGCAGCUGUCAAUAGUAAAAAUGGCGAUUGUGCUAGUGUCGAAAAUUGAAAAUAAAUAAUUAAUUUACUGAACAUUUUGCGACCGAUAUAUGUAAACACAUUUUCGAACAAAGCAUUUGCUACGCCGAUAACGCAAAUUAAUUGAUUGUGCGAACUCACUUCAUAUUGUAAGAGGUGCUUUCCAGAGCUGCAAUUGUGUGUCCAUCGUCGUUGGAGCUAUAAAUGAACCAAAACCAAAUACAGCAACUCACCUCUCACCUAUCCCAGGCACUUGAUCAAAACUACGAUGUUGUUAAUAUGGAGGCGGUGCUGUCGGUUAUAUGUGCCUUGGAGGGUACAACAAUUACAAAGGAGCAACUGGAGGCCACCCGAUUGGCCAAGUACAUCAACCAAUUGAGGCGGCGAACCAAAAAUGAACAUUUGGCGCGACGUGCCAAAUCUUUACUGAAGAAAUGGCGUGAAAUGGUGGGCAUACAGCAGAACGUCAACGAGUCACAGCCGCAGUCGCAGCAGUUAAGUAGUGUAAGCCUGCAUCAGCUACAGCAGCCCUCUUCAGAUUUCGUCAAAACCGAUCUAGAUCAAGUCACGAUCCAUUUGCCAUUAUCGCCGACACAGCAAAUUAUACAUCCAGAAACACAGCAUUUAUCCGAUGCUGUGCACCAUACCAGUUUCUCCAACUUGGUUAAUAAUAUCCACAAGGAAAGUAGGAACAUAUUGACAAGGCAAGAGGCACCACCCAUCGCAAACACCGAUAACGAACCUGCCGUGGUCAUUGAUAUAGCGUCCGAUUCGGAUGAGACUGAUCACAAUAGCGGUGCGGUUGCAUCGUCCCAGCGAGGGAAUGUCCAGAACUCAAUACAUGCUAACCCAAUACCCAUACCAAGUCCGAGUCCUAGGCAAAAGAAAUUAAAAAAGGCCAAAAAACACAAGGAUAAAGAUGUAAAGAAUGUACGAGGGGUUAAUUCAAAAGUUGCGGAGGCAUUAUCACAGGCGGAUUCAGAAAUUUUUUCCCUCUCAAACAGUUCAAUGAGCUCAAUAUUUUCUGCUGAAACCACUAACACAUUGGGAAACUCGCAGCAUAAUAAACAGAGAUUAAACUCCAGCGAAUUGACAUUUACCGGCAGAUUUAAGUCGGUCUCUAGUCAAAAUAAUAACACUGUUGGCCUUCUUUCUAUACGAAGCAAUGAAUCAUCUAGGAAGCACACUGGAAAAUAUGAUGAUUAUAAUAAUUUAUACGAUUCGAGUGGAGCCUCUUGCAGUCGGCUGUCGCCUUUAAAUGUAGAAGAUAGCAACAGGAAAAUAGAGUCUACAAUUGAUGCAGCUAUGCAACAAGCCGUACUUUUGGGCAGCAAUGAUUUGGAAAACACAACAUCUCAGUCUCGCUUGCAUCUUCAAAAAAAAAGAGGUCGAAAAAGAGGUUCCAAAGGUGUUGACUCUGUGAUAGCCAAGGAAUCAUCGACUAGCCUUUCGCAACAAAUCUUUUUUGGUCAAGGCUCUACUGUAAAAAAGGUGAAAACCACAAAAGAAUUGUUUAAUGAAAUUCAAAGCAGGAAAUUAAGUGUCUCUACAACGAGCAAUCUUUCGAAUUCUUCAACCACAAAUCGAGCAGAACAGGCUACAACCAUGUUUCCUAGACCGACUUCAUCUUGUUCAGAUACUUCUAUACAUUCGCCACAAAUUAUUGAAACUUAUUCGGGCAAUGUUACUUUAAUGGGUGUCGAUACAUUCUCAAAUAAAUUAGAUGCUGAAAAUACGGAUAGCGAUACUGCCACCUCAGAACCUUCUCGUGACAGUAAUAAAUCGCAGGAAAUUAAGGGUACUUCCUUGGAUAAUAGUAAUAGCAAUUCGUUUGGAAACUUUGGCAAGAGCAACAUGAUCAUGAAAAAGGAAAAUCUAAAUGACAUUACAACUCAACUAAUGCACUUGAUACAUAGCUUGAAAAGUCCGCUGAGCGUGUAUGAAAUCGAGCAAAUGUAUUUGGCCGAACUGGUACCAUGUUCAUGUGUCAUUAUAGAGGAUGACUAUAAAAAUGAGAUAAAAGGAGAACCAGAAAAUGCAGUUUGCGAUAAUAUUGAAAUAAGUGAGCCAAAAUGUAAUACAAAUACUGAUAAUAUUGUGAAAGUGCACAGAAAGGAUCAAAAAGAUAUAUUGCCACCGAUAGAACGAUUAGAUAAUGAUCAUGAAGUGGUGGAAAGUCAACUAAAGCCUGUGAGGUCGAUCUUUGAUCUUGAUUUUGAUGACGAUAACGAUGAUUUGCAUACAAUAAUGCUAGAUUAUAAACCGGUUGUUAAAAUGGAGGAAAGAAAGAAAAACUUGGAAGUUCCGAAUGUGUCACAACUUGAUAUUAAUUAUACCCAGGAACUGGAAAAGGAAAAUAGUCAAACAAUUGAAGCCAAUCUCCCAAUCAUUUCCUCUCUUAUUGUUCAGGAAGAUCCCAAUUGUCUGGCAAAGGAACGGUUUUAUGUACAGACAAACCAAGUGACCGGUUUUCAUAUAAAUGCCUUGCAUAAUUACUAUAUACCAAAUAUUAAUGGAAAUUGGGAUGAUAUUGAAAAAAGCUCGAUGCAACCCUGGGAUUCCUUAUAUACGGUCACUGAUGGAGCUGAUGUUGUGCCCAAAUAUGGUUUCAUAGCUUCGGACCGUAUUAAAAAGGACCUCAGUUCUUUGAAGUUCUUGAAACCUUUCAAAGCGAAACCAUUUAAGUCUCUGAUAGCGCCAUUUUUGGGUGUGGCCAAAUAUUUGCCUACCUGCCGUCGUGCUAAACGAAGACUCAACAUAUCCAUUAAUCGUUUGUCCCAGAAUCCAGGUAAUAAUUAUAAUGUUUCCAUUGAAAUGCCGCCGCUAAAUGUAAAUAUUGAUGUGAUGGAUAGCAGCCAUAAUGAAAAUGCGGUCCCAAUAAAAAUUCGUCGUAGAACAGUAUCAUCCUAUGAUGACACUUCAAGAUACUCCGUACCAGAUAUCCCUAAAAGUAAUAAUUUAUUAAAGAUAGUCAACGAUCAAGUGCAAUUGGAAGUCGACAAAAUUAAAGAAAGGAAUAAUUACUAUGGAAAUGGUAAGAAUAAUAAUAUUAAAACUAGUUAUAAUAACAGUAGCAGUGACAGUGAUAGUGAGGAUAAAAAUGAGAAUGUUUAUGAAAAUAACGAAGAGUAUGCCAUUGUCCAACGACCAACAGUCACGAGUCACGAUCAUAUUGUGUUGACAAUAAAGAAAACUCCAAGUAAAAUAAACUUGCCGGCCAAUUCAAUUAUUUCCACAAUGAAUCCACCCAAUUUUACAACGAGGGCUUUACCAACACCUAGUACAACAAAGACUUUGCCAUCACCAAUUACAACAAUCACUUCACCAACUAUUACAAGAAAUAGUGAGGAAAAUGGUGUUGAAAAAGUGGCAAUUCCAGUUUCAGUUCCAAUUCCCCGCACAAAAUGUCAAUUGACGAAACUACCGUUUCGUCCUCAUCGUUAUCGUUAUCGUUAUCGCAAGCACCUCUUAAGCGAAGGAACUCCAAAAGUUGACUUGGAUCUUAACCAAAUAUUUAAUUUAAAAGAAACCUCGGACAUAAAAAUGCGUGAGAAAUUAUUUUUUCAGCACGAGUUGUACGGCGAGCGUGCUUUAGGUACGAAAAAAAGAAUGUUUAAUUAUAGCAGCAGCAGCUCAGAUUACGACGAGGAAAGUGAAGUGGAAGGAGAAGAAUCGGGAGCGAAAAACCCGUCCACUUCCGAUAAAAACCGAUGUAAUUUACAAAGUGAGACUGAUACGAGGGAGGAUAAAACGAGUAGCGAUGAUUCACUUGCAUUAUCAUCAAGUGAUGAGGAUAUAGAUGGUGAUGGAGAAUCUUUAACCCUUCAAGAAACUCAGAACAAUUGUGUAAACAAUUAUUUGCUUAAAUCAUUCAAUUCAAUCCAAACUGAUUCACAAAAUGAUUAUUCGAAUGGAAGUAAUAACAAAUACUGUAACAAUAAUCACUUGGAAACUCCUACCGGAACUUCCUCUGUCAAGAAAUUGCCCCUAAUUGGCCUUGAAUAUCGCACUGGCUAUCGAUCUUUACCCGAAGUUAAUGGAACAACUGCCAGUGCGACCCGCUUUCAAGAAUUUAAGGAAUGGCAUCAAGUUCUCCAACUGAAAUCAUACAACAACGAGCCGUUGAUCGUUCUGCCUUACGUCGUGCUUGAAUGAACCUAGUAUAUUCAUAAAAAUGUUUUUAUUAAACGGCGCGGUGUGUGAUAGCAUUUCCAAACAAAAAUAAAUAAAUAAAAAACACCCUAUUUUUAAAGAGUUGUAACCUGUUGUUGAUAAAAUUCAGUUUCAGAGUAGUUGUCAGGCUUAAAUCUUAUAUAAAGUUCCAGUUUUACUUGUAGAAGAAAAAUGAGAAUAUAUACAUUUUUGUUAUAUUUUA